AUGGCUGCAUUCGGUAUUUCAUUUCCUAAACUUACUUUUUGUCGAACCCCAAUAUCGAAAAUUGAUAAUAAUACGGAUUCAACAAUAACAGCAGCUACAAAUACGACAACAACAACAGCAGCAACAACAAUACCUAUGACUGGUGUUCGAACGCUUUCUCUUUCUAUUAAAAAUAUCCCAAGUCAACCACUUCAUUAUGAUAUUUCAACUACAACAGUGAAAAAGAAAACAACAUCAUUUACUACAAUGCUUGCUAUUGAUGGUGAGACUAAACAAUUGCCUAAGACUUUGUCUGUUUUCAAUGAGCUUCAACUUGAUGAUGAAGCUAGCAAUAUUGAUGAAAAAAGACGGCGAGAAGAAAAUUCAAGUGGUAUUAUUGUUCCUUCAUCAUUAUCUCCUUUGGGGACCAUUGAUUAUCGUCCUGAUAUUCGAUUUCUUGCCAAUGUUGAUUCAAAGAAAAUAUUACAUGAUUCUAAUGAUAAAGAGAGAAAAACGAUACAAGAAAAAAGAUCAAAUCAAACAUUUACGCCUCCAACAGCAAGUUUAAGCAAUGAAUCAGUAUCAUCCAACGAUUUACAUUUAACUCCAUCAGCGAUAUCAGUUGAUUUACCUCAGCUUAAAUAUGCAAUUGAAAAUUUUCUUAUUGAUGAUAACGAAGAUCCCGCUUAUCAAAUAGCCGAAGACUUUUCUCCUGCUUAUUAUUUUCAUCAUCAAGAUCACAGUGAAAAUGCUAAUAGAUCAAACGAAAUAACAUCCGAGUUGAAAUAUCAUCAAUACGAUCAUGUUGAUAAUAUAGAAUUUCAUUCGAUACUCAAGACGAAUAUCAAUAACAAAGUAUCGUCUUCUGCUCAAUCGAUGCCAAAUAAUAUGAAAUGGUACGUAAGUGAAUUACGAAUCAAUCGACCAUUGAUCUAUCGAACACAAUGGGCAUAUGGACAACAACGAGGAAACGAGCGAAAACUAAGUCGUUCAGUGAAUGAUCUCAAACAAAUUUAUAACACUAUAAAUCGUUCCGGUACUGAUAAAAGCAAAGCAGCGACAGACAAAACAUAUGAUAUUGCAAAUUCAAAUUUAUCACUACAAUACUUGAAUAAUCAACAGGAACAACAACAGCGUCGUCAUCAGUCUGAUGAUAAUAUUUUUCGUAAUAAGCGUUUAUCAUAUACAGACGAUGAUCUCAAUGAUUUACAUAAUGAUAAAGAUGACCAACAUCGAUCACCCAUAAUAAUUCAAAGAACAUUGGAUCUAUCACUUGGUAAAGCUGAUAAAUUAAUUAGAAAUGAAUCAGUUAAGCAGAAAUUAUUUGAUAUAUUAAAUGAUGAUGAACUUGAAAAUGCAUGUCUUGAAGAUAUGAGUCAAGAAUUUGAACAGCUAUCUCUCGCUCACGAUCAUCAUCGUCGUGAUCUGCCAAUUAUCAAUUCAUUUUCAUCAUCAUCCGAUGAUGCUCUCUAUUCUUCACCGCCUGAUGAGCUUCAUUUAUCGUGGCCAUCAGCUCCACCACAUUCAUCAUCUUACAAUGAAAAUCUUUCAACAAAUAUAAAUCAUAGUACAGAACGUUAUUUCGGUCAAUCACGUUUGAUUACUACAAGUCUCGAUAAAAUUCCAAUGAAUUAUAAUACAUAUGAUCAUAGUUCUUCAUUCAAUCUUCCUCAUUCAUCAUAUGAAAAAACUUCGCCAUCAUGGUAUACAUCACCGUCACCACAAUGGCGUACAGAGGAUCAACUAUCGAUGGUAUCAAUGUUAAAGAAAUAUUCAUCGAAAAACGAUGACCACCUGAAUGGUAUCGAUUGUAUUGAUCCUAAACAAUUAUUAAGAACAAACAUUGUCGAGUAUGAGGUCAACGAACAUAAUUAUAUACAAAAGUAUAAGCAUCACCAUCGGAAAGAGCAAAACCACGUAAACUAUUCAUUAUUGAAUACAUCGACACCAUUAGUCGAUGAUUCUACGACGAUUCUUCCUAUUAUUCAAGAUAAAUCAUCAAAUCUACUCAUGUUUAUUUAA